AUGGAUGACAACCCAGGAGGCCGAGAAGAGAAAGGUUCCAGCGAAGACCCCCAAGGGGAGGAGACGGCCGGCGGCAGCACAGGAAACUGUUGCAACAAGACCCGAGACCCGUCCGUCCCCACCCUAGUGUCAUGCCUUCCUUUCAGGCUCGCUGCAGUGAGGACUGUGUACUGCAUGAGUGAAGCUGAAAUGGUAGCCGUCGCUCUGGGGACCCUGAUUGAGGCCCGGAAACAGGAAAAGCCCUUAGAGCCGCCGACCCUGGUGGGCGCUGGUAAACAACAGCUGUCCCCAACCUGCUCAACGUUGUCACCGAGUUCUCCUGGGAGUGGAAGUGAGGAUGAGGGCAAUGGGAAAGACGCCCUUCCUCCAGGCCUCGGCCCUCCUCGGGGGUGCACGGGGUCUGAGCCUGCGUGCAGCAGGAGCCCUGAGGACGACGAUGACAUGUUAAAAUAUGUCCGGGAGAUAUUUUUCAGCUAA